UUCAGGAACAUGUAACUGUAGCGAGGUCCAGUCUGUUCACAUUAGCGUGUCCACCAGAACAGAAGAUGGGCUUUGCUGUGGAAACAACCACGAAGAAGUUGUGGUUGUGCGGUCUGCUGUGGUGGUCGCUGCUGGUCGAGCUGUCGACGGGAGCUUCCUUCUAUGGUGACAGUUUUGUACAGCUUAAGGCAGCAGAGUCAUCCGACCGUAACAUGCUUCGCAUUCGCUUCCGAACCUCCAGCACCGACGUCUGCUGUUUCUAGCUGCCGGUCAGACCGACUACUUGUGUACUGGAGCUUCCGUGCUGGUCGCUUACAGGUGAAACUGAAGCUUGGAUCUGGGGAGGAAAUGCUCCACUCAGAAAGAGGCACCCUGCUCAAUGACUUAGCCUGGCAUGCUGUUGAGAUCCAUCAUGUGCAGCACAGUGUCACUCUGACUGUAGACAAGAACUCUCACACAACUGUGAUGAUGCCUGGUUCCCAGCACAAGCUUGACAUCACAGAUGGUCUCUAUGUUGGAGGCUCAGGAGGCCUGGACAGACUUUAUCUCCACAGUAAUCUGAGUGGUUUCCGUGGCUGCAUGGAUGAGGUGGUCUUCAACAAACAUGACUUGCUGUCAUCUCUGCGGCCUUAUGUUGGAUUGAAGAGUGUGCAUGAAGUGGCUUUAGGCUGUAGCACUGAGUUUUUUGCAAAUGAGGAGGACCCAAUUAGCUUCUUCAGCUCUAGAGCUUACAUGUCUCUUCCACCCUGGAACAUAGGACAGAAUGCACUAUUUAAGUCUGAUUUGCACACCUCAGCCAAAGAGGGCAUUAUCCUCUACAGUUCUGCCAGAGAAGAUUUUGUGGCUUUAGAGAUUCAGGAAGGUUUACCUGUGGCCAUUGUUGGGAAAGGUGGCAGUAAAACUGAGCUUCGGUCGCUCACUUUCAUCAGUGAUCACAAAUGGCAUUCUGUCAAGUUACAUUUCAGUUCCAAGAGCUUUGAGCUAACAGUUGAUGGUGAAAUGGUGAAAACUGGCUUAAGCUCUCAUUCCAAGGGACUUCACCUUAAAGGUUUUCUUUUUGUUGGAGGUAUUGAUGACAGCACCAGAUCUGAAGUCAGAAAGGUGGGUCUGCUCUCUGUGUCUGGAAAACGGUACGAGAGGUUCUUUAAGGGAUGCAUGGAAAACAUUGAAGUCAAUGGAGUGAAAAUGGGAAUUCCCAGUGCUGCUGUGACUAAGGAUAUCUCUGUUGGAGUGAGCCAGAUAAAAGAGCCAGAGCCUUCAACUACCAUGAGUCCAACAGGUGUUCCAGCAUUCCAUUUUGAUUUGGUGACAACAGCACCAUAUUUCCAUAUGUCCACCCUUGCCGUGGGCUUAGACAAAAAGUAUGGGUCUAAUUUUGUUCAAAUGAAAAACCUAGUGGUCCAGGAGGGCAGCCGAGCAUCUCUCGAGGCCAAACAUAUCAAGAUUCUCUUGGACUUUAAGAAGCUUGGCAUUCGACAAUCUCAGAUUAUCUUCCGCAUUCAGGAACAACCGUUUCAUGGGCAUUUAAGGCUUGAUGUCGAUCAGGACCAAGAAGAGAACAUGUUUGGCAUGUUGGACCUUUGGCACGGCCGAGUCAUGUAUAUUCACGGUGGCUCUGAGGAUCCAAAUGAUUUCUUUUUGUUUUCAAUUUAUUCUAACAGUAGAAAGCAAGUGCCUGACUAUUUGAAGGACAACAGAUUAUACCGUUUCAAUAUUACUGUAACACCCACCAAUGAUGCGCCUGAGUUGAGUCUCCCUGAAGGUAAUCUCUUUGUCCUGUUGGAAAAGACAAGGAAGCGCCUCACCACAGAUGUUCUAAAGGCCACAGAUAUUGACAGCAGCUACAGCAAUCUUGUUUUCUCCGUGCUUGGGAACCUCAAUGCUGAUGCAGGAUAUUUGGAAAUUGAAAACAACACUAGUAAUGGAGUGACCUCAUUCUUUUACUCCGACUUGGAGGCGCUGAGGGUGUACUAUGUUCACACAGGGGUUAGAAACUCGAGGAUAGUGUUUCGAGUAAGUGAUGGAGAAAAGGUUAGCAACACUGUAGUUCUACGAGUUAUGGCUGUAGCCUUGCAGUAUAAAAUUGCUAACAACACAGGCCUUGAAAUUAUCCAAGGAGAGACAGCUGUAAUUGGUACAAAACAGCUGGCUGUGCAAGCCAAUGCUGUGAAGCAGGUUGUGGACAUCCGCUAUGAUGUUAUUGAUCCCCCGCAGUUCGGAGAACUUCAGAGGCUUCACUCAAGUGGUGAAUGGAGGCCCACUGAUUCAUUCUCCCAAAGGCUUCUAGAAAAAGAACGCUUGAGAUAUGUGAGCACUUAUCAUGAAAUUCAGAGGUCCAAUGUCAGUGAUUACUUUAAGUGCAAAGUUAGUGUGGCUGCAAGGGCAACGACUGAAAUACUCUUCCCCAUCACAGUGCGGUGGGUGAGCUAUGGCCUGCUGAGGAAUGUAAUGGUAGACAUGGAUAAAGUUAGAAAAGUGACAUUGAACUCAGAGUAUCUUUUUGCCAGAGCUGAAGGUGUCACCCUCUCAGAAGAUGACCUUUAUUUUCGGGUCGUCACCACUCCAAAGAAAGGGAAGUUACUCCUCCACACUACACUUUUGAGGAAAAACGCAACUUUUAGCCAAAGAAACGUCACAGAUCUUAAAGUACAUUAUGAGUUAGUUGGCAGGCCCUAUGAAGAAACAAGUGACUACUUCAAAUUCCAGCUGUUUUCUAAACAUGCACAGUCACAGACCUAUGAUUUCUAUAUUUCCAUCAAAGCCGAUGUCAACAGUGUGUUUAUGAGAAACAAAGGACUAUCACUUUUAGAGGGAGAAAGCAAACUGAUCACAAAAGAUGAUCUGUUUGCAGAGACUUUGAGUGUAAAGGACAUAUACUACACUCAUAACGGUCCCAAACAUGGAAAGCUAUCACAAAUUAUUCAGUCAAAUUCUAAUGCUAGCUACAACAACAUCUUAUCCUUCAGUAAUUGGGAUAUUUUAGAGGAACGGAUAAUGUAUAUCCAUGAUGACAGCGAAACAACUCAGGAUAACUUCACUUUCAUUGCCUCCACCAGCCAAGGGUUCAAACCUUCCAUUACUGAAGAUGAAAUUGGCUCCAAAGAAGCAACAUUUAACAUAUCCAUUCAGUUAGUGAAUGAUCAAAAGCCAGUUCGUGUUAUUGAUAAAGUUUUCCAUGUAGUAAGGGAUGGACAGAGGUUACUUACGACAGAGGAUUUGCGUUAUCAUGAUGCAGACUCCGAUUUUGAUGAUGGUCAGUUGAUUUACACCCGCAGAGGAAUCCCGAUGGGAGACUUGGUGCUGGUGAAUGAUACCUCUCAUCGUCUGUUUCAGUUUCGCCAGAAGGAUUUGGAUGAAAAGCGAGUGUUGUUCAUUCACAAAGGUGUAAGCAGUGGCAGGUUUGUGCUCUUUGUCUCAGAUGGAAAACAUUUUGUUUCAGGUCUUUUAGAUAUCAGUGCAAAUGAUCCUUUCUUGAAAGUUGGUAACAACACUGGCUUGUUAGUUCAGAAGGGCCAAUCAGUAGCUUUUUCCUCCAGCAAUUUCAGUGUGAUAUCAAAUAUGUACAUCAGAGAUGACCAGGAAGUCAUCUUCAAGCUGGAUGAGGUUCCCAAGUAUGGCAGACUUUACCUCAAUCAAACAAGCGUGGAGACAUUCACACUGUCAGAUGUAAAGAACAACUUAAUCUCUUAUCACCACAACGAUGGCAAACAUCUGGCAGACCAUUUCAACUUAACAGUGAAAGCAAAAGGCCUUCAACGGACAGUGACGGUCAAUGUCAAGGUUUACCUGGAAAGUCAUCAAAGGCCACCCAUUGUGCAGCAUAAUGACACAUUGCUGGUGGAAGAGGGAAAACCAGUUAAGAUUGGUGACACAAAACUACAGGUCACUCAUGAGGACAACCUGCCGUCUGAGAUUAUAUUCACCGUCAUGCUAGCCCCCUCUCAUGGGUUUCUCCGGCGUUUUGUUGAAUCUGAGGAGCGCUACAUCGGAACCAAACAGUUCCCUGUCAUGACAUUUUCCCAGGAGGAUGUUAAUGUUGGAAACAUUCAGUAUAUGCAGGUGGAACCCAACAAAGCCAGGGACAGUUUUAUCCUGGAUGCCACCAAUGGAGUCACUGACGUCAGUGCCAUUAGGAUGUCUGUGGACAUUAUUCCUCGAUUCAUCCCACUUGAGGUCUCCAAUUUUACGCUGAAUGAGGGCGCUACCAAGGCUUUGACUCAGGAAGUGCUAAAGGUCACUAACAGGCACUUUUCUGGAAUCAACUUCUUUUAUAAUUUGACUGAGGCUCCUCAACACGGUCGCAUUGAGCACUCUCGUCAUCCAGGUGUUCCCAUAAGAUCUUUCACCAGGAGGCAGGUGGAGCAUGAAUUCAUUUACUACGUCCACGACAGCAGUGAAACCUUAGAUGACAACUUCACCAUCAUGGCCAACGACACUGGCCUCAGGAAGCAGAGUGUGGCCCAGACUGUGUACAUCCAGGUUACAGCUGUCAACGAUGAGCCUCCUCUUAUUACAGCCAACAUGGUCCUGCGGGUGUGGGUGGCCUCAGUGACUGAGGUUACACCAGAGGAUCUGAGGGUACAGGACCUGGAUACAACACCAGAAGAGCUUCACUUCAUGGUAAAUACACCCAGCAACGGACACCUAGCCCUGAAGAGUGCCCCCAUGAAGGAGGUGUUAAACUUCACCCAGGCUCACAUAGACAAGGGCCAGCUGCUGUUUGUUCAUAAAGGUGCCAUGUCUGGUGGAUUCAGUUUCCAAGUGAAUGAUGGCGUGAACUUUACUCCCAGGCAGAUAUUCAGUAUCACUGCCAGAGCUUUGGUUAUCAGUUUGGAGAGAAACCGUCCCCUCAAGGUGUUUCCAGGCUCUUCAACACCCAUCACAAAUGCAGAUUUGCAAGCAGUGACCAAUGACAACAGCAAUACCUCAGACCGCAUCAUUACUUUCAGUGUGAUUCACCAUCCUAAACUGGGCCGGCUGGUGAUGAGGCAGCCUGAUAAUUCCACAACAGACAUCUCCAGUUUCACACAAGAUAUGGUUGACCGAAAAGAGGUUGUUUACAUUCAGGCCCCCAUUGAGGCAGUGGGCUGGGCAGCAGUGGACUCCAUAAUGUUCUCUGUGACAUCACCUCCAGCUUCUCUGGACAGCCUGACCUUCAAAAUGGACAUCUCUUAUGAGAAUGUAGAACACAACACAGUCCUGCUUGCAAACACAGGUGCUGUGGUAGCAGAAGGGGAGAGUGUCAUCAUUGAUGAAUCCAAGUUAGACGCCACUAAUCUGAUGGCUAGACUCCCGAAGACUCAGUGGAGCUCCUAUGAGGUCUGGUUCCAGGUGACAUCUUUGCCUCACCAUGGUGUGAUAGUGGUAGGUGAAAGAAAUCUCACCAAGGAGAAGCCAAACUUUUCCCAGUUCAUCAUCUCCAAGUACGGGAUCACCUACCAGCAUGAUAACUCUGAGACGACUGAUGAUUUCUUUGUCUUUAACGCAUGGCUAAAUUCUAAGGGCAAAACAGCACAACGCCCUCUACUGGAUAAUGAUGUUAUUGAGGAACGUUUCAAUAUUACAAUCACGCCUGUAAAUGAUCAACCACCAUUGCUGAAGACCAAGGCCCCAGGUCUGACAGUGGUCCAAGGAGAUACUGUAGUUCUCCGGCCUGAGAACCUCAAAGUUGAAGACUUGGACAAUAGUCCUGAUGAAAUUAAGUUCUCUGUGAUUAGCAAACCAAACAAUGGUUAUCUAGCACUAAAAGGAGCUUUGAAUGAGUCCAUUGUCACCUUCAAACAAGCACAAAUCAAUAACAGAAGUGUCUAUUUCAUCCAAGAUGGAAGUCCUGCCUCUGGAGUCUUUUAUUUCAGUGUUACUGAUGAUCAUCACAAACCAAUUUAUAAACUCUUUAACAUAGAUGUCAUACCAAUCACCAUUUCUCUGGUCAACCACACUGGAUUGACAUUGGAACAGGGCCAGACCUCAGUAUCUCUGACACAAGAAAAUCUUGCUGCUGAGACCAAUGGGAAAAAUGUCACCAUUCACUACAAAAUUACAAGGACUCCAGAUUUUGGCAAGCUUCUAAAAGACAGUCAAGAGAUUAUAGAAUUUGAACAGGAAGAUCUACUGGCUGGAAGACUGUUCUACCAUAUGAUUUCCCUUUCCACUGCAGAAGAUAGCUUUGAGUUUACUGCCUUCACUUCAGAGACUAAUCUGACUGGCCAAGUGCUUAACAUCACUGUGAUACCUUUGAUACAAGUUGGUAAAGGUUUAAGGAUUCCCAACGGGAUGGUCGUCAAACUUUAUAGUAGCUUCCUCAAUGUCUCUGAACUGGCUAGGAUAAGUGACAGUGACCCAGUUUUUCAAAUCAUCUCUCAUCCAAAACAUGGAAAGGUAGUUGAAAUGAAACCUGAAGUGUCCAGGAAUGUAGUACCAGUUGAGUCCUUCACCUUUCAAGAACUUAAGGAUGAGAAGGUGGCCUUGCAUCUUAGUGCCAACAUGACUGGAGUUCAAGAGAUAAAUGACUCACUGGUCUUUGUGCUGAAAGCUGAUAACAUCCAGCCUGCAAAAGGAGAACUUCACUUCACAGUUGUACUAUAUGAGGCAACCCUUCUUUCAACCACACAGAAUCCUUUUCCAGCCACAACAUCUCUCCAUAAAGCACCAGUCCAGACUCACGUACUUGGAACCACUUUCCCAGACUUGUCAACAGAUUUUGCUUCCACCCGCCAAUCAAGCAAAAACCAGCAAAAGUUCAAGGGACGCAGCCGCUGGGGAAACUCCAACCGAACAGGUAUUUUCAGUACAACUCUUGGUAAACCAACUCUGGAAAUGGAGGAUGUACCUUUUAGAAACACACCAGUUCGUGUUGAGUCCUAUCCCCAGAAAACCUCCAACCCUCUUCUGGUCAUCUUACCACUUCUAGCCUUACUGCUGCUUGUAAUCAUCUUUGUGGUGCUGGUUGUCUUACUACGACACCAAAGGCAGAGGAAGCAGAACCCUAACACCUCAGUGAAGUCACCUUCCGCUGUUCUUCCAAACAGACAGUCUUACCAGGGCCAAACUCACAGAAGCACAACAGUGCCCACAGUAACUGUAACUCCACUAAGUCCCCCAUGUCCAGAGUGCCCUGUCCUUGACCGAUUACUGUACCCAGACUCUGUGUACAACACUAUUGAUUCAUCAGUCUUCCUAACUUCUUGGAGUAAUGGUUCUCCUGUAGUACCCUCGCACAUUGUUAGAACCACUUCUCCCAGUCUUCAAAAGAACCAGUAUUGGGUAUGAACAUCCAAAAACCAUCUCUAAGUUAUAUGUGCUGGAUAAUACUGUUAUGUAUGCAUUGUGGGUUUUGAGAGCUUAAACAGAGUAAAACACAGCAGACUGUAUUUAAACAAGGUUGCAAUAAAUUACCUGUUGCAAAAUAUUUUCUGAAAACCAGUCUGCAUUAAUCUAUGUGCUCCUCAGAAAUGAUGGUUAUUGUCACCCUCUGUGCUGUAUUUAUCUGUUCAUUAUUCCAUCAUAUGAACGUCAAGUCCUCCAUCCAUCUGCCAUCUUGUCACAUCAUCUUCCUAACAUAAUACAAGUGUGCUGGAUUUUCAAAUCAUCUCCAUCAACUUCAUGGAGGAGUUUGAGUCAGACUUUGCUAUGAUUUGCUACCUUGCCCUUACGCAUUAACUUUCAUUCAAUAAAUUAGGGGAACUUGAGGUUCGUAUAAUCAAUUGUUGCCUUGCAGUUCUGCACAGCUUCUUUUACUUUACCCUACCAAUUUACCGUAAUAUUCACCAGUAGGUUAAAUUUCUUGUUGAUCAUUUGCUGUAAGGCCUAUAUACGAGGGUAGGCUGAAAGGUUCUAAGGCUGACUAUGAUGCAGUUGUCGGUUUGAACAAAUUCAGGGUUAUUUUUCUACAUAGUCUCCC